CGUCGUGUCCUGUUACACACCUAAGUAUAAAGCGCCUCCCGGAGCCCGGAGAAAGAGCAAAGCAUAUUAAGGCGUACAAGACAGAUGAGCGAAUGGUAGAUGUGGUGGACUAUCCCGUGUGUUAUAACCAACCAGCAGCCCAGUGUCAAAAGCGGCAUUUGUGUACACGUUAAGGUGGAGAGGCCGACGUUCCAGGUGUCGACGAAUCGAUGCUUUCGUCGCUCACAGGGGUAUUAUCCUUCAGUAAUCCCAACACCGCCGCUGGCUCCCACCAGUACAAUCUCACAGACAUCGAAGUCUCCGCUAAGGAAACGGUUUUGGCAAGAAUAACCAGGCAAGGAUGUUGUUGGUGAGAACUGAGAUAAAUGAUUGAUGAAUGCAUUAUUUUUUGUGUGUGUAAAACCACACCAGGAGGGCAGCAGUUCGUUGUGAAAACUCGUUUCAAGCAGUGCAUUAAAAGGAGACUGUAGUAGCGUGGACAGCAUGGCGAAAUUGUACCGUUAUGUGAAGCUCAACGACAGAUUCGACACACAGGUAUUCACUUUCCUAUUGCCAAACCGCGUGGUCAAGGAGCAGUUUGCUCAUGACAUUUACUCUAAGGAUUUCACUUACGGUCAUCAGAAAUGGACGGUGUCCUUUAUGAAAGGGGAGAAGCACCUAGGCUCUUACCUCAAGCUAAGGACGGUAGCAGCCGGCAUGACCUGCAAACUGGAUUACUCUUUCACCAUGGUGAACAAAGACCAUUUUACCAAAAACGAAUCCUUCAUUGAAACCGGUUGUGAUUUUACUAUAGAGAACUGCAUUCAUGGCCGCAAAACGUUUAUAUGUUUGAACGAGUUGGCCGUAAGGAAUUUCAUGCAAGAAAACGGAGAAUUUCUUGUAGAGCUUGAAAUGAGAAACAUUAUUACGUCCUUCGAGUGCCUUCUUGCACUGCCAAAAGACAAUCAUCUGAAACCUGGUUACAAUAACCACAUUGAGUCGACUUAUUUUUCGUUUGGCCUUGAUGAUUGGGGUGUGUCGCUAUAUCCAUUUGGGGACUCGGGCGAGACCGAGGGUAAGGCCGUCGUUCAUUUACACCGUCACACUAGCUUCGACCAUCUCAGUCACCUAAGAUAUCAAAUAUUUCUGGGAGAGGAGUAUGAAUACGAUUCCAAUGUCCUCGAAGAAACCUUUGACAUAUCGGGAUCGGGUAUGGGCUACGUGGUUGGCGCGCCCCUCCACGAAGUCACCCAAGGGAGAUCAAAAAUGAAAAUACGGGUGCACAUGCUGUCGGUGACCGCUGUGAGCGAAGUCAUUCUGGAACCGAUAACCCAUGGACGAAACCGUGCUCACUUCUACGAUCGUGACAAACAAGCCUGGCUUAUUGAGAGCGAUCUGAACGGCCAGACACUGAGCUUCAGACUCUAUUACACGGACAUUUCCCAUGUUCCGAGGAAGUUUGCCCGAUACGUUUGCUGGAAUAUCAAUUCAGUUUUGCCCUCGGGGGCCAAGUUCAAGAUGGGAAAAGGUCCUCACUCUAAGUACUUUGUCCAACAGGACCUUGAUGAAGGCUUCCUUGUGAACACAGCCAUCCCAGUUAAAGAGAUCACCCACCCCGAGAGCUUAUACCUGGACGCGGAGGAGAGACGAAUGACAAUACAGAUAGAGUGGAUCGAGUCACUGUUACUGAUGGGCCCCACCUACCACAGGCUCGAUGACGUCAGCAGGAUCCAGAGGCAUCAGAUGUUACGUGAAAUCCUGGCGCUACAAGCUGAGAAUUAUGCUCUGGAAAAACAGCUGUACAGUUACCAACAGUCUAUCGGCAAGAAAGGGACGAAGAACCGAUACCUGAGGUGUGGGCAGGAGGACGAAGACGGCUAA